AUGCCAGUAAGAAUGUCAACAGAAAACGAAUGGCCAAUGGCAGAAGUUGUUAGUAGAAGAGACUUGGGAAAUGGCGAAUUUGAAUAUUAUGUUCACUUCAUUGAUUAUAAUAAGAGAUUAGAUGAAUGGGUUCACGAAAAGCGCUUAAAUUUUGCACGAAUGACAUAUCCAAAGGACGGCAAAAAAAGUACUAGUAGUCUGCCAGCCUCUCCUAAUAAUAAGAAGGUAAACGGGAUAGGAAGAAAGCGGAAAGCUGUGGAGAUUGCCCCAACAAUAGAGAACGGACAGGAAAUUAAAGAAGGCCCUCCACCAAAAUCUGGCAGUUUACGUCAAACCAAUGCUGAUGGUAGUGAUGUAAUCACGCGAAUGAAAAAUAUCGACGUGAUUGAAUUUGGUCGAUAUCAGAUAAAGCCUUGGUAUUUUUCUCCUUACCCUGAGCAAUUAACUCGAGCAAAUGUCAUAUUCAUUUGCGAAUUUUGUCUCAAGUAUAUCGGUUCGCCAAGUGCAUUUGCAAGACAUAGAGAUAAGUGUAAAUUGUAUCAUCCUCCUGGUAAUGAAAUCUAUCGCAAAGGAAAAUUGUCUUUUUUUGAAGUUGAUGGACGUAAGAAUAAGAUCUACUGUCAAAACCUCUGUUUACUGGCGAAAUUAUUUCUCGACCAUAAAACUUUAUAUUACGAUACAGAGCCUUUCUUGUUUUAUAUUUUAACAGAAUUUGACAAUAAAGGCUUUCAUACCGUCGGUUACUUCUCUAAGGAAAAAGAAUCAAGUGAAGAUUAUAAUGUUGCAUGCAUUCUUACACUUCCACCUUACCAACGAAAGGGAUACGGAAAAGUCUUAAUUGAAUUUAGUUAUGUCCUAUCCAAGUUUGAAGGUAAACUAGGUUCACCAGAAAAACCACUAUCUGAUUUGGGUUUAUUAUCAUACAGAAGCUACUGGUCACAAGCGAUAUUAGAAAUUCUAUCGAAGUAUUUGGAUGAGUCUAAUGGAAGUACUCCAAAUAUCACAAUAAAUGAAAUCUGCGACGCUACUAGCAUGCGUAAGGAGGAUGUAAUAUCCACACUGCAACAUUUGGAUCUUAUUCGGUAUUAUAAAGGUCAAUACAUUCUGACGUUAUCUAAGGACAUCAUUGAUGGACAUUGCAGAUCGUUUAGCAAAAGAAAAGUGCGCAUCGAUUCAAAAUGUCUAAUAUGGACGCCGAAAGAUUGGGCUAAAAGAGGUCGCUGGUAG